UGCGGUUCCCUUGAGGAUGUGGAAAAUGGCGGGGUUAUUUGUGCUCCGGCAAUGGCUUCUCUUCUUCUUCUUCAUCUACGAAUCUCAAUCCCAAUCCCAACUGCAUCGAAUGAGAGACUCGGCCCGAGAGACGGCGGACCAUCCAGCGGUAUUUCCGCCCGCCCAGGCGCAACCGAUCUCUGUAUAAACCGCGAUUUCUUGCCUCCGCGCGCGCCAUUUCUUCGUUUCCCAUCGCUGCCACCUUUCGUUCAUUUCUCUCCCUCUCCCUCUCCUUGUUACACAAUCCGCGUACGCGCGAAACACACCGCAGAACCCCGCGAGUUCGGCCGGCUUUCACCAGGGGUUGAUACCACCAGUCUCCCAUGGUCCCUCGUCACUCGACCCAAAUUUCUUGUCCGAUCGUUACCUCGAGCCACUUCCCUCCGACACACCUCAGCAUCCUUCCACAGACUCCAAAAGGCUGCAUUUUCCCCAUCCCACCAUGGGUUCAGACAAACACAUCAGGCAAUUUGGAGGGGAUCUUGGAAACCUGAAGAAGCAAUACGUCGGUCGAAAUGGUAUAGACGGGGAAAUACCAAACUACAUCCCUCUAUCGGAGCUCGACAAGUUUUGGACUCCCUCAAAGAUCAGCAAAGUUCUGCACGCCGACCCCCGCCCUCGCAUUCAAAACCACGUAACCAUCACCAAACGCUUCUUGCGCGUUUUCUCCCUUCUCGUCUACAUUGGAUGCGUGGAUUGCCUCGAUGAUUUUGUCGAGGAUGAACUUCCCGAUAAAAAGUUCCCUAUUGAGGAGUUCCCGACUUCAUGGGCAGAUACACCACCUUUGCGCAGACUCUUCGAGCAAGUCCAAGAGUCGCAGUGGAUAUUUUUCCCUCUCACUCUCGACCCCCAUGGGCUCUAUAACCAAGUACUCAGUCCUCACCAAAUUCUACCCAUCUACGAAGAGCAAGAAAUCAGGAAAGGAGAAUCCGCCACCGUAUGCAAGAUAAAGACGAGUAAGGAGUGCACACGUCUCGACAAGACGACUUUCAUUCGGAAAACUUACCGCAAUCUAUCUCGCGAUCAAUACGAUCGGGAGCUGGAGGCUUUCAACAGCCUGCAGAGCCAUCCCUCCCCACACGUUGUCACUUGCUACGGCUCCUUUGUCCAGAAAAGGAUUGGCAGAAUAGCUACCGAAGAAACGCUUACCUACAACCUAAUAUUGGAGUAUGUCGACGGCGGAAACCUGGAAGAGUUCUUUAAAACCAUGGACCCACCCCGAUCAUCUAAAGAAGUAAAUCAGUUUUGGGCCGCCUUCAUUGGCGCCUUUGAGGGAUUAUAUCAUCUUCAUCUGUGUGCGGACAACAACAGAACACAGAGACACCAAAGAAUCCAUCAAGACAUCAAACCUGAAAAUCUUCUUGUUUCGAAGGGACCUACAGGCCAAGACUUUGAUUUCUCCCUCAAGAUCACAGACUUCGGGUUCUGUCAUACCAAGAUCUUCGAAAACGGUGAUGAUGACACAUUAGGUGUAGACUCUCACGGUGGUCAGACAUAUGGUGCACCUGAAUGUAGCCAUCACGCUAGAUAUACUCAGCGUGGAAGGAACCGCAUCACCACCGAAGCCGACAUCUUCUCCAUGGGAACCGUCAUGAGCGACGCCGCUGCUUGGGUGAAUGGCGGUCAACAAGCUCGUGACGAAUACAUGCGGGAGCGGGCUCAUGAAACGAAGGGGCUUUCUUCAUUCGACGACAGCGGUCAUGAAGGAUGUUUCCAUGAUGGCGUCCAAGCGUUGGAGGCUGUUAUGUCUAUGCAUGAAGCCAUCAACGCCUCUGUGGCAGAGUUCGAUGUCAUUACUCCAGAGGUUCUCGAGUUGGUCCAUAACCGCAUGCUCCUUCGACAAGGAGAUGGGCGAUGGACAGCCAACGAACUUCGCGAAGAGCUCCUCAAGAUCAGGCAGGCCGCGGAGGAAGCGACAUCAUCAACUUACUCGACUGACGACCAACACAUCCCUUUGGCGCAAACUCCAAGCUCUUCAUCGGAAAACAUUCUCACGGGAAACGGUGAGCCUUUUUUUGAGGCAACUCCGUCUAACCCUAUACCCGUUACCUCACCUACUCCCACUCCAUCCUCUCCAUCCUCUCCAAGGACGCCUGGGAGUCGUCACGAGAAAAGGCUCACCGUCCCUUCCGAGAAGCCUGACAUUCAAAUUGUCGUUCCUCAGUCUCCACAGUCUCCUGUGUUGACUCUUGACCAGGCACAUAAAUACCGCCUUGCCAAAAAGGCCAAGAUACCCGUUGACGUGGAAGUUGAACAAGUGAUUGCGCGACUACACAGCAACUUGAAACAUCGAGAUCACAUUUUUUUCAUCGACACGUCUGAAACUAUGAAAGACUACGCCACCGAGUGUUACGAGGCUUUUAAAGGCCUCAGCUAUAUCGCCAAGCUCAUCGAUCAUGAUGGGAUCGAACUUUGUUUUUCUUCUGACCCUAAAAAGAUUCAUAAAAAAAUGGGUACCGCACGCCUCUUGAAUAAAUUCCCAGACCAGAAGUGGGAUCAGAUCGCCUUCGAAGAUAAAUUUGGAGUGUUCAUUGACGACCAUGUUAUUCCCCGGCUUUCCUCCAAGUUUCCCAAAAUCAUCCGUGGUCGACCGUUGAAACGCCUCAGCAUUUUCGUCUUCACCGACGGCCGAUGGGGUCAGGACCAGGAAGCAGCCGGUGGUGUCGAGAAUCCCGUCCGAAAUCUCAUCGAUAAAAUAAAACAGAUGGGAUUAGAUCGUACUCAGGUGAUGCUUCAAUUCAUUCGGUUCGGGAAUGACGAGGUUGGCAAACUCUAUUUGUCAUAUCUUGACAACUACGGCAUAGACCUCGGCUGUGAUUUCAUCGACACGAAACCAGUCGAUGGUAACCUAUAUGAAAUGUUUUUCGGAGCUGUUGAUCCAUCCAUCGACAGAUCGGGUGAGCCCCCAGCCCAGAGAAGUCCUUCGAGGUCUCCAUCAUCCGACCAAAGGAGAACCUCGAGUAUGAGACGGCGAUUCAGGACACAGAACUCAAGAUAA